AUGAUCUUCGCACACACAGACCUUGACUUCCAGGAGACGAGCAUGGGCCUUGCCAGGUCCUACCCGAGCUUGGACGCGGGGUCGCUGAGCGAAGGCGCAGAGCAGGAACAGCAGCCUCGCGCUCCCAUAGAAGACGUUCUUGAGCUUAUAAUUUCUGGAACGGAAUCCGAGCUUGAUCCACCGAUCUUCGAAGCGGAACUUCUCACUUCCGACAUGGCCGUUGACGGACUACGACAGGACAGUAUAUUUUCGCUUGAUGGUGACGCGGAUUUAUCACUACCGGAUCUGCAGGAGACAGAAAGCUUUGACACAUCGUUGGAGCAGCUCCCUUACGAGGCCUUCAAUGCGUGUGCUGACCAGCCAGCGGAAACCCCCGGCGCACCGGCGAGGCCAAGGCUCUCGCAUCGCAAGAGCAACCCAUUCUAUCUCCCUUCGAAACACAUCAAGAACAUGAUAUCCAAAGACAGGCACCGCCAGAGCGCCCGCAAGGUCGAGAGCGCUUCCCGGUCGCAGUGGGGCGGCGCGGGGGAAGCCCUAAUUCCUGACCAGUGCACAAAGCCCUUCCUGGAGAGGCGGCAGACGAUAGGCUAA